UUUAAUUUAAAUGAUUACAGAAGAAUUACAAAUGAUUCAAACAAUUAAUGAAGUGAAUAUACCAAUAUUCAAUAUUACAAUUCAUGGAAUUAAUGAUCAUGUGAAUGUACAAAAAUUAAUUACAUUCUUAUUACCAGAAUAUGAAACAAAGAAUAUUGUUGUCAAGGUAUUAAAUAAAGGCUAUUCAAAUCAAUUAAUCUUAAUUGACAAUAAGAGACAAUAUUCAGCUUCAUUAUCUGCAAUACCAUCAUUAAUUAUACGUAUUUAUGGUAAUUUAACAACAUCAUUAAUAGAUAGAACAAAUGAAAUGAAAUAUAUGAAAGUAGUUGGAAAAUUCAAAAGUUUUCAACAAUUAUAUGGAAUAUUUAAUAAUGGAUUUGUAUAUUCAUACAUUGAUGGUUGUGAUAUUUCAUUGGAAAAAUUAUAUGAUAUAAAAUAUGGCAAAUUAAUUGCAGAGCAAUUAGCCCAGCUACAUUGUUUAUCGAUUGAUGAAUUUAUACAACAACAAAAUAAGAAAAUGAAUCCAGAAUCCCAAUUAUUUCCAACAUUAUUCAAAUGGAUCAAUAGACUUGAUGAUGAAUUUAUUAAUUUAUCAAGAAAAUUAAAAAAAUAUGAAUCAAUUUUUCCAAGUAAAUCUUAUAUAUUCAAUGAAGUGAUCAUAUUGAAAGAUCAAUAUCUUAACAGUCCUAUAUCUAAAGUAGUUUUAUGCCAUAAUGAUCUGAAUGCAGCCAACAUUAUACUGGCUCCAGAUGAAAAUUCUGUUCACCUGAUUGACAUGGAAUAUUGUGACUUAAACUAUGCUGCAUACGAUAUUGGUAAUCAUUUUUGUGAAUUUACUGACAAUGAGGUGUAGAUACAUUCAGCUGAUGAGUCCUCAAAAGAACAAAACACUCUUCAACCUAAAUCCCAUUGCUAAUCAAUAUCCAUUUUUGUUUAAAAUAUACUUUUCUUUUUUCUUUAUAUUGUUAACCAACGUUGUUGUUAUUGUUGUUGUUGUUUUCUUUGUUGUCAUUAUAACAAUUCAUUACAGGACCAUAUGCAAUAGAGUUUAAACGUUAUCCUUCAAUUGACUAUCAAAAAGAAUGGAUAAACAUCUAUUUAACAGCCUAUUAUCAAUAUUCUAAUUCAAAAUCAGAUCUUCAUUAUAAUGAAUUACAAUGGGAUAGAUUUAAAGAAGAUUAUAUUAAUCAAUGGAUUAAAGAGAUUAAUUGUUUUGCAUUAGUAUCUCAUUUACUUUGGGCUGUUUGGGCAGUAAUAUGUGCAUCGGAAAACUUAUAUUCUAUGGACUUUCUAGCUUAUGCUGAUUCAAGAAUGAAACAAUAUUAUCUAAUGAAGAAAUGGUUACCGUCAACAUUUCAAUUACCUGUUGUGUAAUUUCUAUUUCAAAAGUAUCCAUUUUUAUACUGUUUAAUAUAAAUUAUGAAUAGACUAUAAAGCACACAUAUCUGGUUAGCGUUUUUUUAGCAAGUUAGUUUUCUACGGGAUGGGAUCGCUAAUCCCAUAUUCAACCCUCCUGUUUUAUUCGGAAUUGAGUCCUACGGUAGCUCCAGAGGGGCUCCAGGCAGAGUUCAAAACACAUAUCAGUCCAUGGAAUCCUUGUUUGUUUUUUUUGGAUUUGCAGUUCUCUGUUUUAUUGCAAAUUAAUCAAUAGUACUAACAAAUGCAUUAGUAAUAUAAACAGUAUAAAGUGUAUGAAGUCAUUUGUUGAAAGUUGUUUAUACAUUCAAUGACCUACUUACUUUGUAUUAAGUGAAAGUGUGAUGUGUGCUACUGAUGUCGAUAGAUAUAAG